CCGUCAUACAGAGCGACAGGGUCGGGUGGGUCAAACAGUGAGCCAAGGGCGAGAGACGAAGCCCUAAGGUUACGAGAUCAGAUCUGAUGCAGUCGUGUUAGCCACGGACGCUUUCAACUUUCAAUCGAUCUCUUCACGAUAACUAGUCGCCGGUCGUGAAGCCGGUUGUUCAGUGCGAAUACGCAGUACAAAAGAGACUUGUGAUAUUUUUCUAGUUUUUAUAAGUUCCGAAACGGAACGCUUUAAUUUUUUUCGUAAUACAAAGUGUACAAUAUAAGUAAAAAUUUGGAAAACAUGGAAAUCCUACCGGUUACGAAUCAGUUUAACGUCGGAUUCAGUAGUGAAAAAGCAUGGAAUGGGCCGACAUGGCGGGAAGCGCCGAUGCCGGUGCCGACGGAAGCGGCGCUGGCUCAGAGACUCGAGAGGGAACUUAGGGCCGCUAAGGGAGCCAGCGAGCUAGCGACGGCCGAAGUUCUAGUACCAGCUGAACUUCUCUCUAGGGCCUCGAGGCAAACUCUGGCCCUGGCCGAGGGGGAGCCCUGCGGGUCCCGAGGCGCGGCGGUUAUAGUUGACGUCGCGGGUCGCCGCCUGGCCGCUUUCAAGAUAGAUCCCAAUACGCUCACCACGCACGAAAUACAUCUGCAUCUGGAACACGAUGCGACGAAUUGGACCAGCCUGCUGCCGCAAUUCUUAAAAAACCUAACGAGAGGCGGCACCAUCAUUAUCAGCCCCCAAUUCACGAUAGAAAAGAAAAAACUGUUCCGGAGCCAGGCCGAGUGAGCCGUGUGAUAGCGCGUGAUGCGAGCGAGCCGACUGAUUGCCCUCCUCGAUAUCUACGUAUCGUUAUUUUAACAAAUAUCAAUAUUAUUAUAUGUAUAUUAAUUAUAUUUUUAAUAAGAUGAAAAAAAAAGCACAGCGUGAUAUGUAAUGUAUAGUAGUAGAGUAAGCGCGCAGGCAGCGCAUUAGUCGAGCGGUCGGCCGCGUCCCCGGACCUAGCGAUAGUGAUGUGAAAUGCGCUUUGUCGGCAAAGUGUCGAUGUUCUAUCGACGUCGCGGUCCGCGGGCGCGGCCGGGCGCGUGCGGCGGCGCGCGGACGGGCGCGGAUCUCACCGGCGACCCCGCGCCCACCAUGGCGCUCCUCCGCGCGCCCCGCCGUGUUAUCAUUGUUCGUAUUCUAUGUCGGAUGUGUGGUGUGUGGUUGUCGGACGCGUGUGUGGCGCGGCGGCUCGGUGCGCCCCAUGAUCUCAGUCGCCGCCGCGCGUGUGAUAAAUGAUACUCUGAUCGAUUAGUGUUAUUGUAUUACAUAUUGUUUCAAAAAUCGAUUCUAUUCUGAAGUUGUGUAGAGUUCGUAUAUUAUUACAUGUAUCGUAAUCGUAUUUAUUAGAGGCGAUCUCGGAUGGGAUCAGAUAUGUGUACGUUUUUUUGUAAUUGUACUAGUUCGUACAUUUGUUUGUGAUACUACUUUUGUAAUGUAUAAAAUUUAAAUGAGAUGAGAGUAAUAUACUUUAUUGAUGAUGUAAGCGAGCACGCAUGCAGUUAUAAUGUUGAGAGUUGUAUCAUAGCCAGCAAUAUGAGUGAGGCGCGGUUUCUGCGCUUGAAUACACUGCAAAGAUCUCAGGUUAUAUUAUUAUAGUUAUAACAAGUAUUAAGUUAUUUAAGUUAAUAUAAAGAUCGUACUUUUUGUAAGAUUGUUUUCUAUAGUCCAGUGGGAGAUGAGAGAAAUUUUGUACUAACGGUACCUUAGUUGACGAGAUAUCAUCGAAAAGAUGUCGGAUGCAUUUCUUCAUCCAGUGUAUAAUAUAAAUGUAUAUCAAUAGAAACAGUUUUUAAACGAAAUCUAAAUGUUUGUAGGGUCCAGUGUUCUAAAACGCACAAUAUCAUAGUACUAGAUUCACUUUCAUCAUUAAAAAAAGAUUUUAAAAUGCUAUAAUAAAUUACUUCUUGAAAUGUCGACAUAUACAAUACUAACAAUAAUAAUAAAUGUAUCAAUUGUUUAAUAAUUGAUAUUUAUUUCAUAGACAGUAAAAAGAGGAUGUAGAAAUUAUUAAAAAAUACAUAGUUUCAAUAAUGGAAAAA